ACAUUUCCUCAUACGCUCCAAUAUUGAAGUCUUUAAUUUUCUUGAUGCGAUGGUGAGAUCAAUCCAAGAAGGAGGAGUCUUGAUGAUGUCUUCAUCCUCUUCCUCCACAACCACAAGCAACAACGGAACCGACUCCGACGAUUCUCUCAGCCCCUCCUCCGCCUCUUCCAAAAGCUUCGUCCUCACCACUCUCCCUCCCCCCAUCACCGGCGCGUACAAGCCACUCGCCGUCCUCUCCGCUCACGUCGGCUCCGUUUCGUCUUUAGCUCUCUGCGGCGAGUUCUUGCUGAGCGCGUCUCAGGGGAAAGACAUCAUCGUCUGGCAACAGCCAGAUCUCAAGAUCUUUACCAAAUUCGGACAAGGAGACGGGUCCGUGAAGGCUUUGGUCAGCGUGGGAAGCAAAGUGUUCACGGCGCAUCAAGACAGCAGGAUCAGAGUCUGGAAAGUGUCACGGAGAAGCUCCGAGAACGCUUUCAGGCUCGUGGACUCGCUUCCCACGACGAAAGAUUACUUGGGGAAGUUUAUGAAACAGAGCAACUACGUUCAGACGAGGAGGAACCAUAAGAGGCUCUGGAUCGAACACGCCGAUAGCAUCUCGUGCCUUGCGGUACACGCAGGGAUAAUCUACUCAGGGUCGUGGGAUAAGACUCUUAAAGUGUGGAGAUUGUCGGAUCUUAAGUGUCUUGAGUCGAUCAAGGCACAUGACGAUGCUAUUAACGGUCUUGUUGCCGGAGAAGGCAGAGUAUACUCUGCUUCUGCGGACGGGAAGAUCAAGAUUUGGGGGAAAGAGAAGAGGAAGAAAGCUGAUUCGUCUUUGUCUUCUUCUUCUUCUUCUUGGUCACAUGUUCUGAAGGCGACACUGGAGGGUCAUGCGGAGGUUUCUGUGAACUCGGUGGUGGUUUCCGGCGAGGGGAAGUGGGUAUACGGAGGAGGGUCAGAUGGGUUUGUGAUGGGGUGGGAGAGGAGUGAGAAAGGAGGAGACUUUGAGGAAUGGAGAUUAGGGUUUGAGAUGAGAGGACAUAAGAUGGCAGUUCUGUGUAUGUGUGUGGUUGGGGAAAUGGUGUGUAGUGGAUCGGCUGAUAAGAGCAUUGGGCUGUGGAAGAGAGAAGAGAGUGGCAGGCUUUGUAAAUUUGGAGUCAUUCAUGGGCAUGAAGGUCCGGUCAAAUGCUUGCAAGCUUCUCCCAACAAUGUUGGUGCUGGAUUCAUGCUUUACAGUGGAAGUCUUGACAAGAGCAUAAGGGUUUGGUGGGUUUCAAAACAAGACUGUGUAGAAGAAGAGAAGAAGAAAACAAGUUUUAGGACAUUGUUGAUGCAACAGGGAUGAAAGAUGUUAAUAUUUGGUGUUUCUUUUUUGUGGGUUUUCAUAUACGUUUUGGUUUAUAUUUGUAAUUUGUUAUUCAAUUUGUAAAGUUUUUUUUUCCAAGAUAUAAAUGAUAUUGAUUCGUUUUGAUAGA